AUGAAAGGCGUCUUCACGGCGCCCGGCGAUUACGUUUAUUUCAAGUCUCAGGUCCCUCUUCACAAGAUCCCUAUUGGAUCAAAGCAAUGGCGGUAUUAUGAUUUUGGCCCAAAAGUAGUGCCCCCACUAAUAUGUCUACCUGGUACAGCUGGAACUGCAGAUGUGUACUACAAACAAGUUAUGUCACUCUCAAUGAAGGGUUAUCGUGUCAUUUCAGUUGAUAUUCCUCGUGUAUGGAACAACCAUGAGUGGAUUCAAGCUUUUGAGAAGUUUUUAGAUGCUAUUGAUGUUCAUCAUAUACAUCUUUACGGUACAUCACUUGGUGGCUUCCUAGCUCAGCUUUUUGCUCAACAUCGCCCACGGAGAGUUAAAUCGUUGGUUCUCUCAAAUACAUUCUUGGAGACAGCUAGUUUUGCUGCAGCCAUGCCGUGGGCCUCAAUUGUAGGCUGGACACCUUCAUUUCUACUGAAGCGAUAUGUUCUAACUGGAAUCCGUGAUGGUCCUCACGAACCCUUCAUUGCAGAUUCCGUGGAUUUUGUUGUUGCUCAGGUCGAGACACUUUCAAGAGACGAUUUGGCCUCAAGACUCAGUUUAACGGUCGAUGCAGCAUCAGUUGGACCUCUUUUGCUUUCAGAUUCUUUAAUCACUAUAAUGGAUACAAAUGAUUUCUGUGCCAUCCCCCAACAACUUAAAGAUCAAGUAACUGAAAGAUACCCCGGUGCUAGACAAGCCUAUCUAAAGUCUGGUGGUGAUUUUCCUUUUCUUUCACGACCAGAUGAAGUAAAUCUUCAUCUCCAGCUGCACCUAAGACGAGUUGGAGUUGAGCCCCGGGUCCCUAGCACCCCAAAGGAUGAUUCUGGUGGAAGUUCGAGUGACCAAAAUGACAGAAAACGAGAUACCGAUGACUCACCAGAGGAUGAUAGAGUAGAUGAUGAUGGGCCAGGUGGUCCGGAAGACACAAAAGGGCCACUUUUGGUUCCAGAGGGUCCUGAUUCGGGUCAUUUUGAUAGCCUACACCUGAGCAAUGCUUAUUUACCUAAUUACAACGGUGAUCGCCUGGUGACUCUUUUGCUAGAAGAAGCUGUGGAGAAUGGGAAAACUAUUCUAGCUUCUAACUUGAACUUCGCGUUUGAGUAUAUUGUUCUUAGUUUGCUUCGUAAUCACUUCGACAACGUGUACAUGAAUUUGCAAGUAUAG